AUGGGCUUCGUUGACGAAUCCGAGGCGAGUUUGGUGGCACUGUAUGGUUCAAGCUGUUGGCUGAUGACUGGUCUAGAGAUUGAAGCCGGACUCUAUAAGUCUGUUGAGAGGCGAACGCCAUCUUCUGGCUGGCUUGCGCUGGCCACAUUCGAACGGGCUUGUGACGUUUACGACGAUGGCUCGGUAUACGUUAUUGACGCCCCGGGCCACAUGCCUGGACAUGUCAUGCUUGUCGUACGCGUCAAGAUUCAGGACACAGAAGGGCCUGAUGAUUUUAUCAUUCUUUCAGGGGACUGCUUUCAUCACUCGGCAUUGUUGGGAGACUCGAAGCUGACUGGACGGCCUCCCUUUAGCAAACGUACUAUGCAUGAGGAUCAAUAUCAAGCUUUUGACACUAUUCAACGCACCGCUGAACUCACGAAGCAGCCGAACAUAUGGGUUAUCAGGGCGCACGAUGCCAAAGUUGCCCAAGCUAUUGGCACUGAUGAGAAAGGUGAAUCGCUUGGACUUCCUAGUCUUCAAGAUUGGCAAAAGAAUGGCUGGAAAGAUGAUCAAGGAUCAUAA